CAGUGCACUAGCUGCAUCAUAUUCAAGAUGUCGGCGGUGUCUGUGUAUCACAUGUGUGUCCGGGCGAGCCGGGGCCUACUCAGACUGAGGCAGGGGGCCAGAGGCUCCACAGCCCCUGCGGUGCUGGAUGUUGUCAGGACUCUCUCCUCUGACACAUCUAGUAGCAGUGCCACUGGAGGACUGGCCCAGGCAAUACUGCAGGAGAGGCUUCAGCAGCAGCAGAAAAGCCAGGGCCAGCUUCCUCCAGAGGGUGAUGACUCGGGUGACAAGAAAAAUGAACAGGGUGAGGACAAGAAACAGAAAGAGAACACCGCAUAUGCUAAGAAGGUGGUCCUUCGGUUAGCAGGAAUUAUGGGACUUGGAAGCACAGUCGGCAUCGUGUACAUAUUCGGUAGCAAUUCUGUGGAUGAACAAGGAAAUAAGAUUCCAGAUGAGUUUGAUAAUGAUGUUCCUGUCAUCCAGCAGCUCAGAAGAACCUUUAAAUAUUUCAAAGAUUACAGACAGAUGAUCAUCGAGCCCACAAGCCCAAAGCUUCUUCCAGACCCUCUGCGAGAACCCUACUACCAGCCUCCAUACACUCUAGUGCUGGAGCUCACCGACGUCCUCCUCCAUCCUGAGUGGUCGUUGGCCACAGGUUGGCGUUUUAAGAAGAGGCCUGGCAUAGACUACCUCUUCCAGCAACUGGCCCCACUUUAUGAGAUAGUCAUCUUCACAUCAGAGACGGGCAUGACGGCGUUCCCCUUGAUUGACAGUAUAGACCCUCAAGGAUUUGUGAUGUACCGGCUCUUCAGAGAUGCCACACACUACAUGGAGGGCCACCAUGUUAAGGACGUGUCUUGUUUGAACAGAGACUCCUCUAAAGUCAUUGUGGUGGACUGUAAGCGAGAGGCAUUCGGUCUACAGCCUUUCAAUGGCCUGGCGCUGCGGAAGUGGGAUGGCAACUCCGAGGAUCGCACGCUCUAUGACUUGGCUGCUUUCCUUAAAACUAUAGCCAUCAGCGGAGUGGAGGAUGUACGUUCAGUACUAGAGAACUAUGCCCAUGAGGAAGACCCCAUUGAAGCCUUCAAAAGAAGACAAGCGCAGCUUGCAGAGGAAGAAGAACAGAGACUUUCGGAGCUUGUGCAACAGAAGAAACAGGGAUUUUCUUUAGGUACCAUCGCAGGUCGUUUCUGGUCCCGGAAGCAGCAGUGAGGACUCAUCCUGCUCACACCCACCUGAUACGGUCCCACCCGGACUGUGACCAGCCAUUGAGAUGAGGGUCAUAGUCAAAACAGGUGGACAGUGUAUGUGGGAGGGAGGGAAGAACGGGAGCAGAAGGGCAUGUGUGGAAAAAACAUCUGAAGAGAUGCUACCUUCCAAAAGACGUUCAAUUCCUGUGGAAAAUAGCACUUCCUGGACAGCAGACACACAGAUAUGGUGCCCUAAUGUAUGAUCUCACUGAAUAGAAAUUGUUUCAGAGUGGUUGGACUAGUUUCUAUCCACUUCUUGGCUCCCUUAUCUCUGCAAGAGCAAAGAACUUCCAUGUGAACUGAAAAACUGAUGCUGUUUCCAUCAAGUAGAUUCUAUUUCAAACCCAUAACUGAUGCUGUAGGCAAUAGCCUGAUAUUAGACUUUUUGAAAAUGUCUGCUCCGCACACGUCACAUGAUGCGAAACCUUGGAUUUGUGUUUGUGCUGUCAUGGUGAUACUGUUGCAGUGUGUUGAGGAGAACCUGUCAAAUAAAGAGCUCAAUCUGGUGCUAUUUCUCAUGACAGAAAUGGCCCAUCAUGUCUGAGGAUGUACUUGUGGAAUGUUCUUUGUAUUGCUUUUGUUGUGAAACACCCAGAAUAUCUCCAAUAAACAGACCAUAACAUAA